AUGUCGACACGCAAGCGCCGCGCUCCGGGCGCAGAACCGCAAGUCUCCAUGCCGACAUUCCCCCACGAUGCCAACAUACCGACCGAUCAGUACAUGAACUGGAACGACCCCACGAUGAGCGCCGACAUGGGCGCCUUCACCGACCCGGCACUGUUCGACAACUACGGCACGAAUGCGCUGGGCAGCGGGCACAACAGGGUGAUUUCGUUGGACGGGAUGAACGAUGCGCAGGAUAUGAACUCAGGGCAGCUGGUCCGGCGGAAUCCGAACCAGCAACUUGCGCCUGCGUCGAGGCGGGGGCAAUGGGACGGCUACCCCAGCCCUACACAGCAGUGGGAGAACAUGGUCGACGAUGACGAAGAGCUGGAGCAGAAGGCUGCGAUUGCAAAGAAGGAUGCGCAGGCGAAGAGGAAACAGAUUCCUCCUUUCGUGCAGAAGCUGAGCAGCUUCCUUGACAACAACAAGAACGAAAACCUCAUCCGGUGGUCGGACGACGGCAACUCGUUCAUCGUGCUGGACGAGGACGAGUUUGCGCGCACUCUCAUCCCGGAGCUCUUCAAACACAACAACUACGCUUCUUUCGUGCGACAGCUGAACAUGUACGGCUUUCACAAAAAAGUCGGACUCUCGGAUAAUUCCAUGAAAGCGAGCGAGACCAAGGCAAAGGCGCCAAGCGAAUACUAUAACAAGUACUUCAAGCGCGGACGACCAGAGCUGCUGUGGCUGAUUCAGAAGCCCAAGAACCCAACGGCCGGCCCUAAGCGGAAACGAGACGACGAGACCAAGGGUGACAGCGACGAUGAACGCAAAUACGUGCAGGAUAGCGGUGGCGGUGGCUAUGUGGAAGAUCUGACACCAGUGAGGAGGAGCGACGACAUGGCCAUGAUUCCACGGUCAGAGUACAACAGCCUGCGACACGAGGUCCGGGAGCUACAGCAGCAGCAGAAGCUCAUUUCGAAUGUCCUGGGGCAAAUCAAGCGACAGAAUGACGAACUGUAUUCGCGCGCCACGUCUUUCCAAGCGCUCCACGACCGGCAUGAGAAUUCCAUCAACGCCAUCCUCACCUUCCUUGCUACGUUCUACAAGCGUGGUCUUGAGGGCAACACAGGCGGCCUGAAUCUGGCUGAUAUGUUCUCUGCAGCACGGCAACAAGCACAUGGGAAUGUUGUUGACGUCGGCGAUUAUCAGGCACCGGAGAUGAACAGAUCGCCAUCAUUCCAGCGUAAGAAGCAGCCCCUUGCGCUCCUGCCCGCUCCUGGAUCCGGGACAGAACACCUAGCACCGCCCGGCGGCCGCGCCACCACGUUGAGCCCCACAACGAAACCAAUGCCCCAUCCGAUGACAAGGCAAGGCAGUCAGCAAUCGGUCUUCCGGACACCCUCGCAAACAAGGACACCGUCUGUGCUGCCAACCACGCAGGACCGAGACAACUCUUCGUCAGCCCCUCCGCUCAAAGUCGAGUCGCAAUCACCGCAAACCAUCGGCCCGCUUCCUGAAGCCGAGGAGAUACUCUCCGCCAUUCAGAACGCCAACAACAACGCCGGUCACCAAGCACAGCAGUUCGACUUCCCUGCCGCCGUGUCGAACUACCAGACCGCUGACGGCGCCGUGCCUCUCACGGCACAGCAACGCAGUGAUGUGCUUAGCUUGAUGGCGAACAACAACGCAGCCGCUUCAAACACCAACAACGCGCUCACCAACCCCAACCCGCCCGAGAUCAGCAACCUCUUGCACGACCUGAGCAGGUACCAGGAGACGCAGCAGCAGCUCGAACUGCUCCAGAAGAUGAGCGACCAGCAGAAUAGUCGGGUGCAGAGUCUGCAGGAGCGGCUGCAACCCCUCAGCCCGAGCGGCCAGAUCCCCGGCCUGACGGACAACAACAACAGCUACUUCGGCACGCAGAUGGGCGACCCGGGGCAGUACGAUCUGGAUCUCGACAGCUUCGUCCACGACAACGACUACUUCCCGACCAAUGCAUCGAACGGCAACACCAAUGAUGUGGACAGUGGACUGCCAGACUUCAACUACGACCUGCCAGACACAAAUCCGGGCAUGAACGGCGGCGGGUUUGAUACCGGCGCCGACGUGUUCAACUUCGAUACCCCGGACGAUGGCACGCUGCAUGUGGCGGAUAACAACGACGGCAGAGUCGAGAGCGUGAGCUCCUCGGGCACGUCGCCGGCGGCUACGGUCGAGGAGGUCGAGGACGAGACGCGGAAGCGGAGUCCGAAGCGGAGGAAGAAAGCGAUGUGA